UCCGCUAGGGCCCAGGAAGAACGAGUCGAUAGCCGAGGAAACGGUUGAGCGAGCAGCCGGCAGCGGCUGAACUGGUUCACCUCUUCUGUGCAAUAGCUGGAGGAAAGUCACUAAACAAGAGCAGCAGGGUUAUGUGACUGGAGUACUAACAGGCAAAUUUUAGUACCAUCACCAGUUAAAAGGUAGUCUGUUCUAAGCAAUGUUUGCAAAUGAAAUGGCUGAGGCAAGCUGCAUAAUUGGACACAAAAGGUACCAUGAAUGUAAUGAAGAAGUGGAAGAACCCCAGAAAACUAAAAAGAAAAGGAAGGUAGAUGAAGACACUUGCCAAAACCAGCACCAACGUAAGGAGAAGAAAUCCCGCUUGUCAGCUGGGUUGUUUGGUGAAGAUUGUGAAAUCAGCCAUGAACAGGUAUAUGAGUUCCUAAAGUACGCAGCUUUGGGAAAACGUCACAAUGCAUCUCAACCCAGCUGGUGCCGUAUUUAUCACCGAAGACACCUGGCUAAGGUUGUGGUUAUUGUUCUUCAGGAAGUCAGCCAGCUCUAUUUCUACAGGUUCUAUUUGCAAUUCAGACAUCUCAGAAGGGCAUUUCAACAUAGAUUCAGUUUACCGCCUACUUCAGCUAAUUUUAUAGCUAGUGUGUGUGGAGAAGGCAUAAGUAUGAAACAUCAGAACAGCAUACAAGGUUCAGCUUCUGCCUCUAAUGGACAUAUUUCUAAGAACUCAGACCUGCAAAAAGACCCGAUCAUUGAGAAAUACGGCGAGGAGAAGCAUGGUCUGACCAGCUAUAUCCUAACCUUGGAAGAGAUGAGAAAAUACAAUUAUCCUUUAGAAGGAUCCUCUGGGUGUGAGAAUUAUGUCCACACACAAUGCGAGAGACCGAGGACAGACAGCAGCCCCCUGUUUGGGCUGGAUUGUGAAAUGUGCCUCACUGAGAAGGGGAAUGAAGUAACUCGAGUCUCACUGGUGGAUGCAGAGGGUCGGUGCAUCAUGGAUGAGCUUAUAAAACCUGAAACUCAGAUACUGAACUACCUCACCAGAUACUCAGGAAUCACAAGGAAGAUUCUUCUUCCAGUGAAAACAAAACUCCCAGAGAUUCAGGACAAACUCAAGAGAUUGCUUCCCCGUGAUGCGGUAUUAGUGGGUCACUCUUUAAAUGCUGACCUUCACGCUUUACAAAUGAUACACCCCAGUGUUAUUGACACCUCAUUGCUUUUUGCCAGACACAAAGGUCGACGGUUCAAGCUAAAAUUCUUAGCGAAAGCUGUUUUAGGGAAGGAAAUUCAAUGUGAAAAUAAAGUUGGUCAUGAUCCAACAGAAGAUGCUGAAGCUGCAAUUGAAUUGCUUCAAUAUUUUAUUGACCAGGGACCCAGAAAGGUAGUAGAACUAAAUUUGGAGACGGUGCUGUCAGCCCCAAAUCUGAUGGAGUUGUCACAGCAAAAAUCUGCAUUACAGCUGCAACAGAAUGGAAUCCAGAAGCAGUCAAGUGAACCUCCAAGCAUACCCCAACCAUGGCGUUUUUUAGAUCAUUUGAAUGCUACUGGCCAAAAAACUCUCCUUUUGAGCAGAAAGGAACUAGCCUCUUCUGGCUUGUGUCAGAACAGUCUGAGCACUUCAAACAAACAGAUACUUAAAAGAGCUAUACAAGAAGUUCCUCUGUCCUCAUUCAGUGUCAUUCAGUUCGCUUUGCGUUCAGAGCAUGUUGCACCAAACCUUGUUGCUGAAGUUUGUGAAAAGAUGAGAAUCCAGCUAGCUGACAUGCUGACUGUCUAUGCAGGUCCAUUUGAUAAAGACUUUUGCCUGAAGUCUUUAAGGAGAGAAUUUAAAAAGUGUGGUCCUAUCCAAUCACUUACUGUGCUCACUGAAACACACCAGCCCCACAUCUGUAUCCAGUAUGAAGUAUUAGAAGCUGCUCAGCUUGCUGUGGAAAGUCUGAAUGGAACUGAUGUUGCAGGGUCCUGCAUCAAGGUUCAGAGACCCGUCACUGUGAUGAUGCUAGACUGUGACAUGCUGAUAAAAGAGCUGGAAAUGGAUAUUGAAAACGAAGGUGUGAUUUAUGUGGCGGGGCUAAAGAAAACCCUAACUGAGACAGACUUACAAGAGAAAUUCAGUCAUUUGAAAGACCUGCAAGCUCUUUUCUGGCCUAGGGAUCUCAGAAGAGGGAAGCACAGAAAUUACUGUUUCCUGAAGUUUCAAACCUCAGAAAGUGCCCUAGAGGCUCUUCAAGAUAUAAACAGGCAAGGAGCUGAAGGCAGCCAACUGCAAAGUAGAAAAGCUCUCACUACUAGCCACCUCCACAGAUGGAUUUGUCAUAUGGCCCAUAACGAUGGGAAGCCUAUUCAGCUGGCACAUCACAUCCUACAUGUGAAAAAAGAACAACUAUCUACCUCUGAGCAAGACCUAAGGAAAAAGCUGAAGAAGUUAGACCACAGUAUCAAAAAGCUCUAUAGAAGUCUGGAGAAUAAUACACUUUGUGUCGUUCUUUUGCCAGGUGUGAACAGUGUUCAUGGAUCAUUCUCUGGCCUCGGUCUGAUGGGAAUAAAGGAAGAAAGCAAGAGUAGUGCCUGUUAGACUGCCAGGUUUUAGAAAAAAGUCUUAAGAUUUUUUUUAAUUAAUUCUAUAUCCCAAGAACAAGAGGCUCUGCCGGUGUACUUUAACAUUUAAAAAUAAAAACAAUUCAAAACUGUUAGUCGCAGCAACCCCUUCUUCUAUUAACACUUCUAGCUUUGGUGCUUUUGGCUGGCUUGUAGCCAGCUCAGUGCUUAGGGAGCUGUGUGUGUGUGUGCAGAGACUGCUAAGACAAAUCCGGUAAGCUAGGGUGGUCAAUUUUUCUAGAAGCUGAAUGGUCCUUAUCUAGAGGGGGCUUAAGUCUGUAAAGGGCUUGUAAGGAUACUUGUCAGCUGGGCUUCUUUCACUUGGCUGAUCCUUGACAGACUAUGCAAAAUUAAUGUACAUCUGUCCCCCAAGAAAGCUGCUUUGAGGUUGUAGGAACUCUACACCAGUGUUGUGGAGUCUCUGGAAAUUGGGCCUCAAUUAACAUUUCAUGUAAAUGUCUGUUAUAGAUGGUGUGUUAUGCUUUUCAAGUACUUAACAGGUGAAAUUCACACAGGCAUAAUGAUGAAGUUGCACUGUGCAUAAGAUAGGAAACCAGGACCUCACACCUACAUAAAGAGCAGCAGACUUCCUUCCCUAGACAGGAGAAGCAGCAUUGUAACCUUUUCGGUUAGGCCUAGUUUCAGAGGUAGGUUUCACAUCCAAGAGCAGAGGAUGUUGGUGUCUUUAGCAGGAUACAAAUAAUUUGUCUCAUCCCUUGCCCGCCCCCCCCCCCAUCAGGGCUUGCUUUAUGUCCUCACAGGUUAACUAGUUGCUGCUAACUGUUAGUAAAUCAGGACCCCCCAAAAACUAAACAAGCUCUCAUUUGAUAGUGAGACAGUAAUGCUCCAGUUGAGAAAGAGGAACAUUUUUUCCAGUAAGAGAAUUAAUCAGACUGAACUAUCUCACAGUCCUGAGAAGAGGCAUUCAAUUGUAAAGCAAUGAUUAAGGACAGGCCAAAAUAAUCAGUGGAGAUAUUAAGAGCACACCCCACCACAUCCCACUUACCAUUUUCCCACAGGGAUAAAGGAAUUCAGAUUACUCAUCUGGUGAGUUACACUCUACCUCGAGCCAUCCAAGGAAGUUCCCAACCAAAAAAAUGAAUGGAGCCAUUGUCUGUGCUAAGGGGGGGGGAAAGCAAGAUUCCCACUGUCCAUUAAGCAGCUUAGUCCCCUUCUGGAUAUGCAGUGCUUUUAUUGGUGGAACUCCUGUGGAUCAGCUGAAAGCAUUCAUACCAUAGAACUAUAAGUGAAGAUACCCUGGAUGUCAGACAUACAGAGAGGAUUUGUUGAAGGAAAGAAAGAGCGGUGGCCUAAAGG